UGGCUGGAGACGGCUCUGGCUGGAGACGGCUCUGGUCAAUGAGUCUAGUUCCUCAUUGCUUCGUGGUCACGGACACCUUUGAGUGUUUGAAGAACGCCUUGUCCUGGGCCCACUUUAAUUUUGGAGGUAAUUUCUGGGGAUUUGAGGACCCCCUGACAGCACAGAUUGAAACCCUCUGGUCCAGCUGAUUCCUGAACACUUUGUAUAAGAAGGAGCUCUUUGGGGCAGAAACUGAGGAGAAAUGACCUGCCGCAGGUCACACAGCUAGGAAGGGUGAAGUUUUGGGAUGCCUUGUCCAGUGCUCAUUCUCCUGCCCCAAUCUGGAGUCCCAUGGAGCUGAUGAAGGAAGCUGGCAACAUGACCCUGCAGUGCACCAAGUCCGCGGGACACUGGAAGAUUGUGGUGUGGGACGAGGAGGGCUUCCAGGGCCGGAGGCAUGAGUUUACGGCGGAGUGCCCCAGUGUGCUGGAGCUUGGCUUUGAGACUGUGCGGUCUUUGAAAGUGCUGAGCGGAGCGUGGGUAGGCUUUGAGCAUGCUGGCUUCCAAGGACAGCAGUAUGUGCUGGAGCGAGGCGAGUACCCGUGCUGGGAUGCCUGGAGUGGCAACACCGCCUACCCCUCCGAUAGGCUCACCUCCUUCCGACCGGUGGCCUGUGCUAACCAUCGUGACUCAAGGCUGACCAUCUUCGAGCAAGAGAACUUUCUGGGCAGGAAAGGGGAGCUGAGUGAUGACUACCCCUCCCUCCAGGCCAUGGGCUGGGACGGCAAUGAAGUGGGCUCCUUCCACGUCCACUCGGGGGCCUGGGUUUGCUCCCAGUUUCCCGGCUACCGAGGCUUUCAGUACGUUCUGGAGUGCGAUCACCACUCAGGCGACUACAAGCAUUUCCGAGAGUGGGGCUCUCACGCCCAGACCUUCCAGGUGCAGAGUGUCCGCAGGAUCCAGCAGUGAGCGGGGGGCCCGGCGCGGCACCGAGGAGCGCACGUGUGCCUGUCUGGAUGGAGGAGCUGGGAGGUUCCUCCGUGCCCACUCCUCUGCCUCCCCCUGCGGCCCCUGUGAACCCAGCACCCAUGUGAGCCAGUUCAUGCACAGUCAGCACGAAAAACAAAAAGAAAUAAAAAAGAAGGUC